AUGGCACCUAUUGAUGAUGCGCUUGCAACUAUCGAAGCGCUGAAACCAGGAGAAAAACUUGUAUAUCAGGCUUUUGCUGAUAAAUAUGGCGUUGACCGCUCAACUUUGCCGCGGAGACACAAGCGCGUUCAGCUACCUCUAGAGAUCAAGAACCUCAACCAGCAGAAGCUCACCCCGCAACAAGAUGAGGAACUUUUUGGGUACACAGAGUACUUCACAGAGACUCACUGCCCACCUACGCGGCAGAUAAUAAUUAAUUUCGCGACCCCCUUGUGCAGUUGGGAGCCCUCAGAUCGGUGGGUUUCCAGGCUCAUUCAC